AUGCUACGCAAAAAGUUGAAACUCGACACUGAAAGUUGCACCACGUCCCCGGCUUGUGCAGUAAUGGAUGAAUUCGCACUGUCCCAAUUUGCAAACAAUCCGAAACAAAAACUAAAACACACAACGACCGUACCGGUGCCCUGUGUAGGCCCAAUCAUCAACAUGCCUUCCAUGAAGGAAUCCUACGAAAAGGAGCAAAGCGGUAUUCCAUAUUGGCGGCAGGUGUAUCGUAUCGAGCUGGAUCUUUCGGCCGGCUUGCGCAAAAUUGUCUUACCCUCCAACGUUGCCGCUUGCUACGAUCCAAUCGAUUAUGCGGCGGAAAUUCACAGCGCCUACUUGGAGCGCUUUCUGGAUGGUCCCAAGCCGGUGCUCUUUGUCGGCAUGAAUCCUGGGCCAUGGGGAAUGUGCCAAACCGGGGUUCCAUUCGGGUACGUUCCGGCCGUCCGGGACUGGAUGGGCCUGCGGGGAACGGUGUCGAAACCAACACCAGAACUACCUGCCCGCCCAGUGGAAGGUUUAUCGUGUACCCGCGAAGAACAGAGUGGCAAACGCUGGUGGGGACUUUUUCAAGAGUUGUGCGGUACGCCGGAAGCAUUUUUCCGUUCCUGCUUUGUGUACAACCUUUGUCCGUUGGCAUUUUUUCACGAUUCAGGUCGGAAUAUUACGCCCAGCGAGCUCAAGGGCAAAGCGAAAGGAGAAAUUCAAACAAUUUCGGAGCAAUAUUUAUCGAUCGCCCUUACGGUGCUCAAACCUCAGAUCAUCAUUUCAGUCGGUCGAUACACAGAAGAUCGAGUGAAAUCUCUCAUUAAACAACAGAAAUUGAAUCCUUCCAUCGUAACGCACUGCAUGCCUCAUCCGAGCCCGCGAAGUUUGAACAACACGAACUGGAACGAGAAGGCUAAGGUUUGGCUCACCGAUCACGGAAUAAUGCCUUACCUGACCGCUUAG